AUCUUCCUAUUCGACAUGCUUUUGCAGACGGCACAAUAUGGAACUGGUCAGACUCCUAAUUAUGACAGUGGUCCAGAGCCAGAAUCCAAUCAUCCAGUUGACAAAGAACUUGGUACAGAGAACGGUGACCAGCUGUUCCCCAUCUCCAGUGAGCAGAGAGCUUAUGUACAAAAGUACAUUGUGAAGAAUUAUUUCUACUAUUACCUAUUCAGAUUUUCAGCUGCUUUGGGUCAAGAAGUGUUCUACAUCACAUUUCUUCCGUUCACUCACUGGAAUAUUGAUCCUUAUUUAUCCAGAAGACUCGUCAUCAUAUGGGUUCUGGUGAUGUACAUUGGCCAGGUGGCCAAGGAUAUCCUGAAGUGGCCCCGCCCCUUCUCCCCUCCGGUGGUGAAACUGGAGAAGAGAGUGAUUGCUGAGUAUGGAAUGCCAUCUACCCAUGCCAUGGCGGCCACCGCCAUUUCCUUCACCCUCCUCAUCUCCACGAUGCACAGAUACCAGUAUCCCUUCGCUCUGGGGCUGGUGAUGGCUGUGACGUUCUCCACGUUGGUAUCUCUCAGCAGGCUCUACACGGGGAUGCACACGGUCCUGGAUGUGCUGGGCGGCAUCCUGAUCACCGCGGUCCUCAUCGUCCUCACCUACCCCGCCUGGACCCUCAUCGACCGCCUGGACUCGGCCAGCCCCCUCUUCCCCGUGUGUGCCAUCGUGGUGCCGUUCUUAUUGUGUUACAAUUACCCCGUGUCUGAGUACUACAGCCCCACCAGGGCGGACACCACCACCAUCAUGGCCGCCGGGGCUGGGGUGACCAUCGGGUUCUGGAUCAACCAUUUUUUCCAGCUCAUGGCCGAGCCCACGGAGGCUCUGCCUGUCAUCCAGCACAUCCCCCCGCUCACCGCUGGCAUGUUGGUUCUGGGUCUGACCAAAUUUAUGGUGGGGUUUGUGUUGAUCCUCCUGGUUCGUCAAGUUGUACAGAAUCUCUCGCUGCAAGUCUUAUACUCCUGGUUCAAGGUGGUCACCAGGAACAAGGAGGCCCGGCGGAGGCUGGAGAUCGAAGUGCCUUACAAGUUUGUCACCUACACGUCGGUUGGCAUCUGUGCCACCACCGUUGUGCCCAUGCUGCACAGGUUUCUGGGAUUGCUCUGAGCCUCAGGCACUUGGAGAUUAGCCCUUUGGACAAGAGCCAAGUCGUAGGAAAGCUGUUGGGUGGACAAGUCUUGACAACACAUUUUAUUUUGAAAAAAACCCUUUAAGUCAUAUGUCUGUUUUGCUGAUACCCAUAAUAAAUGCCGGUGCUGUGUGAAAGGGAAGUUGUCUCGUGGGAGCCUCUAGUCUGGAAGGGUCACGCCAGGCUAAACCCACUGUCGGGUUCUUUGAAGGUCCCCGCCCUGUCUGCUAGCUGGGACUCUAGACCAAGUCAGGGGCUGGCAGGAAUAGUGGGUGAUUUAGGAACAACCACAGGCCCCACUGGGCUCUGGAGAGAUGGUAGGUCUGGCGACUGGAGGUGGAGCGUUCUUCCCAGUUAUGACCCGGCCCAGCAGCGAGUCUCACUUCCCAACUGGGAUCUUUGGUCCGAGAGGUACCCUGUGGAAGGGCAUUCCUUAGGGUGACUUUCUUGUCAGUAUGAUCAAAUCGGGCUGCCCGCUUGGGUGGUAAGAGCGCUGCAGACCUCACUGUGAUGCCCUGAAGGGCGGGCACAGAGCUGUGAGGUUUUAGGCAAGGGCCUGCUCCCCUCACGCGUCCCCAUCUUUGUAGGCGUGAAUAUUGAGACAGGGAUCUGCUCCUCCUUGUUUGUACAUUUUUCGGGAUUCCAGGUGCCAUCACUGCACUCCUGACCCAAGGAAGCAGCUGGCUGCUCCCACUGCUCCAGGCAGGAGGGCUUAACCUUCAUUAAAGCAGGCACAGCUGGGCUUCUCCGAGUAUCCUGCUCUCUCCUGCUUCAGAGUGACUUGGGAUGUGCACUCUGGCCAUCUGCAGAUUUUUUUGCUUCUUACAAACUUUCAUCAACAUGUAAAGGUGGACCAGUGGAGGGACAGAGAACAUACUCCUCCCAGGAGCCUGACACGAGGGACUCACCCUCAGGACAUUGCCUCAUCCUGACACGACUCCUCCAUUUCUGUUACUUUCUGAGAGUCUGUAUUUCUCAUCUACUAAAUAGAAUCAGGGCCCCCCUUUCCAUCUUCCCACCUCUUAUCUCUUGGCAAUUUUAAGGGUAAUUAAUGCAAGAAUAACAUCAGCCUCUUUUGGGAAAACAAGCCAACCAAACACAACAGCCUUCACACCGAGGGUGUGUCCUCAGGAGACCAGGAAGGUGACCAUUACGCAAGCACCACAGGCUCUCUCACAGGGUCCUCUCCAUUUGUUAGGAGUAAGGAACAAGUAGCCACAAUUUUCUCAAAAAUGAGUAUACCUGUAGUUAACAAAGUUUGUUUUGCGCUCCAGUGCCUGGGCCAUGGAAGCAGUGACUUAGGAUCCCAACAAGCUUCGCUGUGCUCACUCUGUGGGGACAAUGAGCCUGUGGAAAGUUAGGCUCCUCACCUCCGAAUCCAGCAUGAAAACAGAAACCUCCUUCAUCCCUCUCCCCAAUAGGUCCCCUGGCCUCGUUGCUAGAAUGGCCUUCUGUAUUUGACUUGCUGCUCCAGUGUCCUGAGAAUAAUUUUUAGUAAAACAUCCUGUUUUUCCUUCA